AUUCGCCUACAGCGCUCCGGCUUCGCUGAAGCACACCAGAAGCCUUCACAGAAGGAUUGGCCGACCAUACGAUAACGGCGGAUGGGGCUUUUACCCUCUCAAAACCGGUUCUAACAGUAAACCGGCCGGUAACAUCUGCACUAUCCCUCCAGACAUCUGUCACGACGACGAGCUUGUUGUAACCUCGCUGAGUCCGACGCCAUAGCGGGUGUCGAUGACAUAGCAUGAACGCAACGAUGGACCGCAUUUACUUCCAGCUCGUCUUUCCUGUCUGAUUCAUGGAAUGGGAUGCCUUUCUGUCGAGAUUUCCUCUCCUUUCGACCAAGCACACUGGAUGGAAUUACUAAAACGAUGCGAGUGGUGUAACUGCCCCUGUUGGACUAGAUUAUGAAACACAUGUUUUCGUCUCGACUCCUCACUUGAUGCAGGUUUGUUGACACGGCAAAGCCAGAUUUCGAAUGGUGGACGGAUCUGUAAUUUUUUUCCUGCUUUACCCAUUUUCAUGCAAUUUCUGCCGCAUGCAAGUUUUGGACGAUGGAUCUGCUUUGUAUAUUAUGUUUGACAUCAGCGAACGAGUAGGCGGAUGUUCAAUGAUCUGAUACCCUUUCGUGAGAAUGUAACCUGGCAGUGAAGUGGGACUAUCCGAUUUUCGUGUCUCCACCGCGGGCGUCGAGUGUUCAGCGAACCAGCAACGAUGCCGCGGAGUUUACGAAGGCUUCUGCACCUGGUGCUAUUCUGCCCGUUAUCGAAGGGCUUGCAGUCUCGUAUGCCAGCUGUGAAAGUGAAGUAUCUUCUGCUGGUGUGGGUGGGCAUCCUGCUGGCCAGCUGGGUCCUCUACAUGCAGUACUCGUCCUACUCGGAGCUGUGCAGGGGGCACGUCUGCCACAUGGUCAUCUGUGACCACUACCGUAGAGGAAUCAUUGCUGGCUCAGCUUGUAAGGCUCUGUGUGAGGAGAGAACCCUCAACCUGCAGAGAUGUCUGUCCACGUCAUCAAUACAUCAGGUGUACAAUGGGAUGUGGAAGGAGAAGGCAGUGGUCAUAAAGUGCGGCAUUGAGGAGGCAGCCGGUGGUGAGGGCGUCCCGGGCUCUGCCCUGCGGCCGGAGAGCAGCCUCUUUGACAAGCCGGCCCGGGGCACCUCCAUGGACGAGUUCAGAGAGAUGCUGCACUCUUUCCUCAAGGAUAGUCUGGGAGAGCAAGCAUCACUUAGCACACUGGUGGCACGGGUGGUCACACUGGCUGACGUCAACCAGGACGGCAAGGUGUCUCUGGCCGAGGCCAAGUCGGUGUGGGCGCUGCUUCAGGUGCCCGAGCUGCUAGUGCUGCUCGCGCUGGCCGGCCGGGAGCACACGCCGCGCCUGCUCGGCUUCUGCGGCCACCUCUACGUGACGGAGCGCGUGGCCCACAGCGCCCUCUGGCGGCUGGAGGUGCCACCCGCCAUGCAGCCCGUGGUCCCCGAGGCGGUCGGCGUGGCGCUCAACCGCUGGCUGGCCCCCGCCUGGCCGCGGCGCGCGCGCAUCAGCAUCGGCCUGCUGGAGUUCGUGGAGGACGCCUUCCACGGCGCCUACGGCAGCUUCCUGAUGUGCGACUCGGGCCCGGCGCGCGUGGGCUACAGCCAGCAGUACGACUGCAAGAUGGCCGACCUGCGCGGCGUGGCCAGCGAGGCGGCGGUGCGGGGCCACCUGCGCGGGCGCCCGUGCCAGACCAACGCCGACUGCACGUACGGCCACGACUGCACGGCCACCUGCGACCGCCUGGCGCGCCAGUGCAACACCGAGGUGGUGCAGCCCAACCUGGCCAAGGUGUGCGCGCUGCUCCAGGGCUUCCUGCUCUUCGGCGCCCCCUCCGACCUCCACGCCGACCUGGACAAGCAGCUACGCACCUGCGUCACCCUCAGCGGCCUGGCCAGCCAGAUGGAGGUGCACCACUCGCUGGUGCUCAACAACCUCAAGACGCUGCUCUGGAAGAAGAUCUCCAACACCAAGUACUCCUGAUCUCAGACGAGCGAUGGAGGGAGAGAAAGAGAGAGAGAGAGAGAGAGAGAGAACGCAGAGAUGGAAGGAGGAAAGAAAAGACAGAAGGGAGAGUGGUGCAGAGAUGAGAGUUGAAGAGAGAUGGGCGUCUCAGGAGUGGACACCCAUCUUGGAGAACAGAGCAUGCAAGAGUGAAAGAGAUGUGUAAAAAAAAAAGAAUAAAUGUGGGAGCGAGUGCUGAAAAAGGAGAACGGAAGAAAAGGAAGCAAAGGUUAAAAUAGCACCACUGUGCGUAGGCUACUACAGGAAAGGGAGCAAUGCUGGACUGGACUGGACUGGACUGGACUGGACUGGAUGCUGUUUCGUACCCUUGUACAGAUGCUGCUCAACUCUCAUCCCUGCACUCCCACAUUCACCUGCAUCUCCCUGCCCACUAUACCACUCAACCUGAGAACACAGAAGGCACCACUACGGGUCUCAACGUGGGACACACAGUGCAGUCCUCACUAUGCCACCCUAAGACCAUUUGUAAACCCUUGGAGCCAGCAAUGGGGAAACGACUCCUGACUCUUGAAUGGAGGAUGAUUGUUUUGAAUUUGUGCACUACACCUAGAUUCACAGUACUAUAGUUUGGUAGACUAGGGGCUAGCGCCCUCUAGGGGCUAGUGCCCUCUAGAGCCGAUAAGCCACUGAUAUUGGGAAGAGAAUUUUCACUAAGUACGUUCGAGAGGCUUACUGAAGCAGUUGGUCACCCAUUACUACACUGUCCAGCACUAAACAAAUUAUGGAAUACUGCACUGUGUGUGUGUGUGAGAGAGAUUGUGAGUUUGUGUGUGUGUGUGUGUGUAGGUCUGUGCCUCCAUUUGUGUGUGUGAGAGAGAGAGUGAAUGAAACCCUGGGAUAUGGAAGACAAUACCUCUGUUACAGUCCUGUGCAGUGAUCCUCAGGCACUUUAGUUUCUAAAUGUCGCUCCAUCCGCUAAUGUCAUGAGUGGACCCUCAACCUUGUAUUAUGCAUCCCACGUGUGUAUCCACAGGACGGAUAGGCUAUUUAUUGAGACUCAACUCAAAGACUCUUGCAACCCUUUCAGGGAACGCUGCUUGAUUCUGCCAGGGAGACUACCAUUUCAACAACUGUGCGUGCUUGUUAAACCAGUUUUUAACCAGUGAUGGCUGUGGUUUUUUAAUGAUUCACUGGGAAAGAAGCUUGGAAUGUGUAUGUAUGCGGUGUACAAAAAAGAGAGUGAGAGGAGACAUGAUCAGAUGUUUGUGGAUGAAAGGUAGAUUGUCAUUUACAGUUGUGUUUGCUGCUGGCGUUUUGUUUUUAUGAGCAAUGAACAAAUGAUUUGGGGAAUUGUGUACAUACAGAACCCUCCACAUGUAUUGUAAUCUAUAGUAAAGUUGGUGAAAGGAGGUAACAGAAAAAUCAUUGUUUGGUCAUUUAUCUUGGUCUCAAUAAAAACAAUGAGGGGAAAUCCAAUCUUGAACAGAAGCACAUUUAUUCUGAGAAACAACAUCUCAUUAAGAAAUACAUAUUUUAAACAAAAACACAUGUGCCUUAUUUCUUGGCACCCCUGUAUUUUAUACUUUGUAAAGCCUUCCUUUUCCAAAUAAACAGCACGUAACCUUC